CCCCUGUUUCUUUUUUCCUUUUCCCUCUCCUGCAGUGAAUACAGAUCCCUCAAAAAAAUGAUUAUAAAUGAAGAAAGAAGUAAAAAUAAAAGAUACUCUGAGUUGGAGAAGUGAGAGAAUCAGAAUCCAUUAUCUUCUUCACUCACUCACUCAUUCUGUCAUUUGCAUAUAUACUAACUACUAACUAUAUAUAUCAUUACACACCAAUCACACUACUAUUCUUCUCAGUAUUGCACCCAUACACUAACUCCUCCUAACUACAUUCCACAAGAAAGGAAAGGGAAGAGAAGGAAAGGAAAGGAAAGGAAGUACAUUGUCUUCGUCAAAUACAACAAAAUGCUCCACUGGACCUGCAUUGUUCUAAUCUCCCUCCUCACUUCAAUUUAUCCACUUGGUUCAGCAGCAAUGCUCAACCUCACUCUUCCAACUCCACACCCCAACCCUGAAUCUGUUGUUCAAGAUCUCCAAAGAAGAGUAAAUGUUUCACUGUCAAGAAGACAAAUGCUAUCAUACGCCAACAGCGACGCGUCCACAAGUAGCUCGUGCCUCACAGGCAACCCCAUCGAUGACUGCUGGCGAUGCGACACCAACUGGCAGCUCAACCGGCAACGUCUCGCCGACUGCGCCAUCGGCUUCGGCCAGUACGCCCUCGGCGGCAAAGGCGGUCGCUUCUACGUGGUCACGGACUCCUCCGACCACGACGCCGUCAACCCCCGGCCGGGCACUCUCCGUUAUGCGGUCAUCCAAACGGAGCCCCUCUGGAUCGUGUUCGCUACCAACAUGCUCAUCAAACUCUCCCAAGAACUCAUCUUCAACAGCUACAAAACCCUAGACGGCCGCGGCGCUAACGUCCACAUAAUAGGCGGUGGGUGCAUCACGCUCCAAUACAUCACCAACGUCAUCAUUCACAAUAUCCACAUCCACCACUGCUACGAAUCGGGCGAGACUAACGUGCGGUCGAGUCCAACGCACUACGGGUACAGAACCAAAUCGGACGGUGAUGGGAUCUCGAUAUUCGGUGCGAGCGACAUAUGGAUCGAUCACUGCUCGCUUUCACAUUGUAAGGACGGUCUGAUUGAUGCGGUGAUGGGGUCCACUGGGAUCACCAUAUCCAACAAUUACUUUUCGCACCAUAAUGAGGUGAUGUUAUUGGGUCACAGCGAUGAUUAUUUACCGGACUCAAGAAUGCAGGUGACCAUAGCGUUUAAUCAUUUUGGUCAAAAGCUAAUUCAGAGAAUGCCAAGGUGUAGAAGAGGGUAUAUACAUGUGGUCAACAAUGAUUUUACGCAGUGGGAGAUGUAUGCCAUUGGAGGUAGUGGAAAUCCUACCAUUAAUAGUCAAGGAAAUCGCUAUACCGCGCCUAAAAAUCCUUUUGCCAAGGAGGUGACAAAGCGAGUGGAAACAGGGCAGGAUGAAUGGAGGGGUUGGAAUUGGAGGAGUGAGGGGGACAUUAUGGUAAAUGGAGCCUUCUUUGUUGCAUCUGGAGAAGGUGUAGAGGUUAAAUACGAGAAGGCCUACAGCGUGGAGCCUAAAUCAGCUACAUUCAUUGACCAGCUCACCACUCACGCCGGUGUUCUCGGUUCCAGAAGCAACAAACUGGGCAAGUGGAGUUCCAAUGGUGAUGGGACUAUUUUAGGUGACGAUCCAUCUGAAGACAACAACGACAAUGAGAAUGAGAAUGAGGAUGAAAUGUUGGGAAGCUAUGCAACACCACCACCUUCCUCUAAUUCCAUAUUUUUCUCCUUUGUAAUCGCAUUGUCGUCCUUGUUAUUUCUCUAUGUCACCACAACAACCAUGGUGUUGUAGUAUGAGAUUAAAAGAAGGGCAUCUUCCAAUUCCAACUUA